ACUUUCUUCUAUCCCUUCUCGUUCUCUAUCUCCUUCUCUAUCUCUCCCUAGACGCUACGAUUGUUCUCUCUCUCCAGAAAUAAAUAAAUUAUUUUUUUUCUUUUUUUAUUUCACCCGAAGAUUUUGAUUGUGUACUGUUUUACUGCAGUUAAUAUUUUAUUUUUAUUGUGGUGAGUGCUGACGUGGCAUGCAACCAAUAAAAAAGCACCAUGAACACCAAAACUAUGCGUCUUCCGCCACGUCGCGUUCUAACGCCAGACAAGCGCAAAGAAAGAGACGGCGUUAUCUCCUCCGUCGUCCAAACACCGCCGGAAACCACCGUGAAAAAGCUUCCUCCGCCGCCGAAUCAUAAUCGUCCGCCGGUUAAUUCCAUCACUAGUAAAUCUCUAAUCGCAGCCGAGCCAGUCGGCUCGAACCAGCUAAUUUUAGCGGGCUACUUGAGUCACGAGUUUCUCACCAACGGCACACUCUUCGGGGAGCAAUGGGAUCCGGCUCGAGCCCAAGCCGGUCCGUCCGAGUCGAAGAAGUUGAAGCGGAGCCAUAUUGCUGAGGAAAUGGAGCCGAAACGGAAGAGGUAUGUGGAGGUUGCUAAUCUUCUACGGUCAGACGGGGCCCACCUGCCCGGCAUCGUCAAUCCUGCCCAGCUUGCCCGAUUUCUCAACCUGUGAUCGUGUGUACACGUGUACACGGAUCAUUGGUCUGUGUUUUGGCAAGCAAGACAGCUCUAAAACGAGAACCUCCCUCUCUCUCUCUCUCUCUCUCUCUCUCUCUCUCUCUAUCCAUUAUUUUCCUCUCAAAUGAAAUGUCUUUAAAUCAUCUCUAUGUAAAGCUGAAUCUCUCUCUCCCUUGAUCGUCUUCCUUGAGGUUGAUCGAGAAAGUUUAGGGUUUGUUGUGAGGUAGAUGUCCAUGUAUUUGUACAUCAGACAUAUCAACUAGCCAAUCGAUUAAUAUUCGCUCAAGUUUUAAUUUAAUUUUUGUGGAUU